AUGAAGAGUGAUAGCGGUCGUGACGAAGCCCUCGCAAAGGCCAAGGCCGCGGUUGAAGCCGAAACCAAAAAGGAGCAGGAGGCUGCGGACAAUGUCGAGUCGACAGAGCAAGGUGGUGACGCCGAUGCCUCUUCUAAGACCGCCAACACCAUCACGGAAAGCGUCCAAGCAGAUGUGGAAGCCAUUGCCGGAAAGAAGCGAGCACGCGAGGACGACGACGGCGGCGACGGGGAAGUCGAGCGAGAGGCUAAAAAGGUGGACACAGCCACUCCUAAUUCUCAGGAAAGUUUCUCGUGGUCUUCAAUUUCGAGCCUCAAAACACCACGCUCCGACAACAGCGUGACGAGUGAAUCUGAUCAAGACGAGGGCUUUUACAUCCAAGACUUACCUUCGUCCGCAUCAUCAUCUUCAACACCCGGGUAUUUCGAGUCCGUGAGCAUCUACAUCUUGCUACCGCCACCCUUUCAAACUGGGGAUACUCCGUGCGAAUGUGGUGACAUCGCUCCCCACUCCCCUCAUCAUCACGACACAAUGAACGGAGCGGCUGGCCCUCCUCCCGGUGGUGAGGGGGCCACAGCACCAGCCUCAUCCAACACAUCUGUAUCAGGAGGUGGCGGCCCACCCAAGCGCGGCGGUCCACUCCCAAACCACGUCCAGGUCGCCAAAUCUUACGUCUUUGAGCAGGAGAUCCAGAAGUGUCUUAAGGAGAACGGCGUCAGCCAAGCGAGGGAGGACAAUCUGAGACUGGCCGGAGUGCAGUGGAUUGACAAUGUGAGAAGGGCGUUGAAGCUGCCAGUCAGAACAUUCAACACCGCCGUCGUGUAUUAUCACAAAUUCCGGCUACAACAUUCCGAUGGAGAGUACAGUUUUGUGGACGCAGCGGCAGCUGCACUUUUCACGGCGUGCAAGAUCGAAGACACACUCAAGAAAUCGCGAGAUAUUCUCUGCGCGGCGCACAACCUGAAAGUCUCUAGAACGGAGCACUUGUCGCCGGACGAUCAGGUCUUCGAACAUCACUCCCGCACAAUCAUCGGCCUUGAACGCCUCAUGCUCGAGGCCUCGGGUUUCGACUUCCGCAACCGCCACCCGCAAGAACUCCUCAUCAAGUUUGCGAAGCAUUAUUCUUUCGAUAAAACUUCACCGGUGGUCAAGACAGCGUAUUCCAUCUCGCUCGAUCUCUACAGAACCUGGGCCCCUCUGAAGCAGACGACGGCAACCAUGGCGUUUGCCUGUCUCGAGCUGGCAGGAAGGUUGCUGGCCGAAGACAACGAGGCCAUCUGGGCGGGCACUGAUUACAGGGAGUGGAGGGUCGAGAGGGGGAUGGUGAUGGAAACUCUCCUGGACCUUCUCGAACUUUACACCCACCACCGUACCUCCACGGUGGUUGGGCCAACAUUCCCCGUCGACACCUUCCUCGAAGUGCGCAUCCCGCUAAACCUCGAGUCCGAGGAGAAGAGCAUUCCUCGCUUCACGGCGUGGGUGGAAACUGACGGGUCGUUCGCAAACGACCAUGGACACCACAACGUCAACGGCACCACCGGCGCCAUGAACGGCACCAAGUCCGGAUCGUCGAGCAAGAACGUCAGUCCGCGCGACGUGACGAGUCCGCGCCGCGGCAGUGCAAGCACGAACGCAACUUCUGGCGGCGCUGGCAACGCGGGCCCUGGCUCUGGCUCUGGUUCGGUGUCCGGGCCGGCCUCUGUGGUGGCCCUGAAGCAGCGCGCCGGCGAAAGAGGGCGCGAGGGCACCGUGCGCUUCAUCCUCAACCCGGAUCGGGAGAGGGAGGAAAAGGCCAUUAUCGAGUUGUUUCGCAAGCCUUGA